CAUGCUCCUCCUCUCAAUUCCUCUUCCCCUUCUCUUACUCUCUCUCUCUCUCUCUCUCAUCCCCAGCACAAAACCGGAGCUUCAUCGUAGCCUGUACACAUCCAAAUUCAUACAGUGCCGAUAGCAGCAUCGGUGUCGCUGGGAGGAGACGUAGAGGAAAAAAUUUGGAACCAUACUCAUCACCCUAUUCCAUUGAUCGGACUGCAAACCAGGUACAAAAUGAGCGUGAAGGCACCUUCAACGAGGACGCGGGUAGGGAAGUACGAACUAGGAAGGACCUUAGGUGAGGGCACUUUCGCUAAGGUCAAGUUCGCAAAGAAUGUCGAAACUGGAGAAAAUGUCGCAAUUAAAAUCAUUGAUCGUGACCAAAUCCUUCGUCUCAAGAUGGUCGAACAGUUAAAAAGAGAAAUAUCAACGAUGAAGCUCAUCAAACAUCCGAACGUCAUCCAAAUCUAUGAGGUUAUGGCCAGCAAAAGAAAGAUUUACAUUGUUCUUGAGUUUGUUGAUGGAGGCGAGCUCUUUGACAAAAUUGCAAGGAACGGUAGACUUAAAGAGGAUGAGGCAAGGAGAUAUUUCCACCAGCUUAUCGAUGCUGUAGAUUACUGUCAUAGUAGAGGAGUGUCCCAUAGAGAUUUGAAGCCUGAGAACCUACUUCUUGAUUCAUACGGCACACUUAAAGUUUCUGAUUUUGGAUUAAGUGCAGUAUUGUCUAAACAAGUACAGGGGGAUGGGCUGCUUCACACUGCCUGCGGAACCCCAAAUUAUGUUGCUCCUGAGGUUCUCAAAGACAAAGGUUAUGAUGGUACAGGCUCUGAUAUCUGGUCUUGUGGGGUCAUUUUGUAUGUUCUUAUGGCAGGAUACUUGCCCUUUGAUGAGCCAAGCCUUAUGGGUUUGUAUAAAAAGAUAUGCAGUGCUGAUUUCACAUUUCCAUCAUGUUUCUCUUCUGGUUCAAGGAAACUGAUAAAGCGCAUUCUUGAUCCAAACCCUGUUACACGGAUAACCAUACCUCAGAUAUUAGAAGAUGAAUGGUUUAAGAAAGGAUACAAGCCUCCGCAGUUUGAGCAGGGAGAUGAUGUAAAUCUUGAUGAUGUUGAUGCUGCUUUUAAUGACUCAAAAGAGCAUCUAGUAACAGAAAGGAAAGAGAAGCCUGUGUCAAUGAAUGCGUUUGAGCUUAUUUCUAAAACCCAGGGAUUUAGCCUUGAUAAUUUGUUUGAGAAGCAGGCGGGUCUUGUGAAGCGAGAAACCCGUUUUGCAUCUCGUACCCCUGCAAAUGAAAUUAUGUCUAAAAUUGAGGAUGCUGCAAAGCCUUUGGGCUUUAAUGUUGACAAGCGAAACUACAAGAUGAAGUUGAAAGGUGACAAAAAUGGGAGGAAGGGUCAGCUUUCAGUUGCCACUGAGGUGUUCGAGGUGGCACCAUCAUUGCACAUUGUGGAGCUGCGGAAAAUUGGUGGUGAUACAUUGGAGUUUCACAAGUUCUAUAAAACUUUCUCGACAGGGUUAAAAGAUGUAGUCUGGAAAUCUGACGGAACGUAGAAGGAUUAAAGUUGUAACAGGAACUGCCAGAUUGGUGUCCUUGUCCAUUGCUGAAGUGAUUCUUAGUCAUUUUAGAUGCAUCCAAUUGCAUCUAUGAAUCUGCAAGUUGGGUGCCAUGCAUUAAAUGCUUCAUUUUUUCAACUAGUCUAAUUAAUGGCGGGAUGAACAGCUCAGAGUUGACUAAGCAAAUAGGGAAGUGUUUAGUCAAUUAAUUUGCUAUGUUAGGUAGAAAGUAUAAACCAGAACAUUAUAAUUAGGAUGUUCUAUGAUUUUAGAUUAAAUAACAUUUCUAGAUUGGCCGAUUGUAUAGAUCUGGAUGCAGGGGAAACUUUCCCCGUUAGGCAGAAGUCUAGUAAAUGGUUAUAAUCCCUCCAUUAUGAUUC